GCACCGAGUCCAUAUAAGAUAAUCCCAAGCCUCAGACGUCACCGUCUGGGCAAGAUUCUCCGCGUAUCAUAGCUGUUAUCUUCCAGCAUCUCCUUAUCUAGCAUUAUCAACGUACCAUUCGGGCGACCAUUGCUACCAUGACUAUAGGUAGUGAGUUGUAACAAGGCUCGAGCUGAGUAGAUAUAUAUAUAUUGAUCAAUGAUACCCCUCUUCAUCAUGUGAACACCAUUCUCUAAGACCUCAAGAAUACUUGAAGGUUUAUACCUUACCUAAUUACUUCGAGGGACAUGGCGCAAGCACCGGAGAUCGCAGCACUCCCUAUGGAGGUAAAGUCACCUUUGGAGAUAGCCAAGGAUCCCGAAAAAGAUCCCGAAAAGAAUAACAGCACGGAAAUAAGUGAAAAGAGUAGUAUUGCUGCCGAAGAAGCUUCCGAUGGCACAGCUCCGAAGUACACGGACGAGCAGUAUGCGAAGCUGAAGCGAAAAGUUGAUAGAUACCUGCUCCCAUUGAUGUGGCUAUGUUAUGGUAUCCAGCAAACGGAUAAGACUUCAAUUGGAACACAAGCUACCUUUGGUCUCUCGAAGGAUACUGGGCUUGUCGGACAGCAAUAUUCAUGGCUUACGACGAUAUUCUAUAUCACGUAUAUGUGCUUCGAAUUCCCGUCGAAUAUUAUCCUUCAGCGGUAUCUUAUGGGUCGCACACUCUCAUGUUAUAUGCUCUGCUGGGGUGUCGUUGUCUUGUGUGUAGGAUUUGCGCAAAACUUUACACAACUCAUCACACUUCGUGCGCUGCAAGGCCUUUUCGAGUGCUGCAUCUCUCCCGGUUUCAUCCUCGUCGUCGGUAGUUGGUACACAACACGUGAACAUGCUUCUCGAUCGCUUGUUUUCCAGAGCGCCAAUGCCGGUUUCGGUAUUAUUGCCAACCUGACCCUUUACGGGAUAGGCUCGGUACAAUACUCUCGCGGCGGCAGCUUCCAGGCUUGGAGAUAUAUGUCUUACUUCCUCGGGGGUAUGACGCUUCUAACGGGUUGUCUAUGUCUCUUCUUACUCGGUACACCGUCUGAAGUGCGCUGGUUGACGCCCGAGGAAAAGAAAAUUGCCAAUUCGCGUAUCAUGACGAAUAACACUGGUCAUGACCGGACUGGUAUCAAGAAAUGGAAGUGGAAGCAAGCGCGAGAAUGUCUGGUCGAUCCAUGCUUCUGGUUCGCCGGUAUCAAUGCGUUCCUCAAUUCCGUGCCUAAUGGAGGUUUGACCGCCUUCGGUUCCAUCAUCAACACCAAUGCCGGGUUUACCAACCUCCAAGUAAUUCUUCUAGAUAUUCCGCGAAAUAUCACGUCAGUGAUAUGGUUUACAAUCAUUGGCGUUAUCACAAGUAGGAAAAAGAACCUACGCUUGUAUUUCAUGAUCAUAUCAGUCGUCCCUCCGAUUGCUGGAUUUAUUAUGAUGUCGACGCUGCCAAACGAGCCCCAAUACAAGUGGAUUAAGUGGGCAGGUUACUUCAUAACUGUACCUUGUGUCGUCGGACUGUUCCUAGCCUGGACAUUGAUCCCCUCGAACGUCGCCGGGCGCACUAAGCGUACACUAACCUCGUCAUGGACGUUCGUUGGUUAUUGUGUCGGAAAUAUGGUCGGCUCGCAGAUUUUCACCGCGAAGGAUGCUCCACGAUACAUCCCCGGUACCGCCGGCUGCGCAGUAUGUUUCGGUCUCGAGUUCUUCCUUCUCAUCGCCUGGCGUCUUGUUCUCGUCAUGCGAAACCGGCGACGCGAAAAGCAGUUACGUGAACAAGGGGUCACUGAGGAAGAGAGGGUGGAAAGAGGCAAAGAGCUCGGGGAGCAAGAUUACACGGACUUUGAAAAUCCAUAUUUCCGUUACACAAUGUAA